AUGUUACUGCUACGACGUUUACAAAAAUCUUCAAGAUUUGUCUCAUUUAUAAGAUACCAAUCUAGUAUAGCAUUACCAUUUUUAUAUAAUUUAGAUCCUAAAUGUAGAUCUUGUGGAAUCAAAUUGCAAGAUACAGACUCUGCAAAAGCAGGGUUUUAUAUAAAAACAUUAGACAAUUCAAAUACAACCAAAAAAUUCAUAAAACAUGAAGAUCAAGUAUAUAAUUCACUAAUGCAAGAUCUUAAUAAAGAAGAUCAAGAUUUAUUGACUACAAAUAACUUUAAUGUAUCGAAAAAUGAUUUAAUAAUACCUCAAUCACUUAACAAUAAAGGAGAAUCGGUUCGUGAAGUCAUUGAAAAAACAUAUACAAUAGAUCCAAAAGAAAAAGAAUUUGAUUGCAUUAGAUGUAGAAAUGCAACUUAUAACUCAGAAUUUAAAAUGAAUAAUGAGAAUUUCCCAAUCAAUGAAUUAUCAAAAGUUUUAUCACAUAUUCCAAAAAGUGCACCAUUAGUUUAUUUAUUUAAUUCAUCAGAUUUUCCAAUAGGUUUUAACCCGCAAAUUUUGAAAUUUAGAAAUCCAAAUGAAAUUUAUUUGGUUAUGACCAAAUUAGAUAACUUAAUAAAUAAACCAAAUAAUGCAAUUUAUAAUUAUACAAAAGAAUUUUUAAAUGAUUAUUUUGGUAAAAAAUUUGGUAUUCCAUCACAAAAUAUUUUCAUAACUUCAUGUAAAGAAAAUUGGAAAUUAAAAGAAUUAUAUCAUUUUUUACCAAAUGGUUCAUAUAUUAUUGGGAAUACAAAUUGUGGUAAAUCUACAUUAAUUAAAUCAUUAUUACUUGAAGAAGAUUUAGAAUCUAAAAAACAAAAAUUAAAUAUAAAUUUAUCAAAUUCAUUAAUUAAAAAUGCUAAAAAUAAAUAUAUUAAAUCAUUUAAUCAAAAAAUUGGUCCUGGAAUAUCAUAUUUGCCUGGUUUUACAAGAGAUCUAAUUCCAAUAAAUAUAGGUUUAAAAACAUUAUAUGAUGUACCGGGGUUCACAGAUUCAAAUAAUCAAAACAUACAUAAUUUAUAUGAUUCUAUCACUAAUUCAAAAAAUAUAAAUAGGUUAAUUAAAGGCUCAAAAACGUAUAAAAAUGGUACAUAUAAAUCAGAAUAUAAAACUUAUAAAGGACCACAAGUAUUAAAUUUUGAAGGAUUGGGAUUUUUGGAAUUACCAAUUGGAUCAAUGUACCAAAUUAAAAAUGUAACAAAUAUUGAAAUUACAUCAUUUAAGAACGUUGAAAAAAUCAAACAAAUUACUUCUGGUGAAACACCACCAAAAGAACUAUCCAAUCAGUUCAUAGUCUACAAUCAAUUAGGUAAUUACAACAAAUUUGUCAUACCACCAUUUUAUGGUCCAAUUGAUUUAAUAUUUGAAAACUUUGGUUAUAUAAAUAUAAAACCAGUUGGUUCAAAAUCAACAAAUGAACUAAUAAAAUUUUUUGCAUAUCCUGGUUUAAAUUCAAUUAUUCGUCAACCUAUAGUAAAUUAUAUCAACAAAAGUUUCAGUGGGUAUGAUAAAAACGGAAACAUUUUAAGAAAAGAAAAUUUGUUUAAGAAGAGUACUUUUAAUUUGAAAAAAUUCAAUGGUAAAUCACCAUUUUAUAGUAAUUUAGUACCUUGCGAGAAUCAAUUUGAUAAUGGAGACUCAAAUCAGGCUUUGACAGAUGAUGAGAAACAUGAACAUAUAAAAAAUCAAGAAUAUUUAGCCUUAAACCAUUGGUUAAAAGGUAAUAAUAAAUUUUUUUAUAAUGAUGAAAUAAUAAUUGAUAAUGAUAAUAAGUAUGAAUUUUGGAAAGAAUAA